CGGGUGACUUGAGGUAUGUCUGUGGAGGCGGAUGGCGUUUGCGGCGGUGUUGGCGAUGGUGUUGGUGGUGUUGGCGAUGGUGUUGGCGGUGGUGGUGAUGGUGGUGGCUCGGACGGUUUGACCACAAGGGAAGCACUGGGACGGCUACAUGAUGACAUAAACGCAGCGCUUGAACGUCACCACAAGGCACAGGAGCACUGGAGCAAGGGAUAUGCUACCAAAACAAUCCUCUUCGAAGCUCUCCAUCACAAGUGCCAGCUAUCUCUAUUCCACUGGACCUCCACUGUGGCUCUGUUCCUGUGUGCUGUGGCCCUCCUGGUUGCCUAUACUGCCUCUGGGGACGACAGGCUGCAGUGGGUGCCGGCGGAGGUGGUGGUGGUGGUGGCGGUGGUGUGUGGCAAUGUGUCCCUGGUGUGGUGGGACGCCUCGCUUAGACACCGUGAACUGCCGAGACUCACACAACGCACUCUGGCCAUGCUUAAAGAGUACCAGGAGACCGUGCACUGGACCCCUGCCAACUACCCCCACCUCCACACUCCCCUGUCGCCCUGUAUCACUCUGCAAUGGACCCGUCGAGAUGGCAACACAGUGAACCUACCCUGGGCACUGCUGGUUCGCGGGGACACUAUACUGUUGCGGCCGGGACAGAGGGUGCCCGGCAGGUGUAGGCUGCUGCAGCCAACAACAACAACAACAACAACAACAACAACAGAAUUUCAAAUGGGUGAGAUAUAUUCCCCACACACUGAAGAAAUUGGCGAGGUUUUAAAUUCGCCGAAGGACCGCACGCCCCUGCCAACCGUCCCCUGCCAGCUUUUAGAGACACCCUACAUUUUCAACCUCCAAACCCUGCUGGCGGAGGCUCUCAAUAGGCCUGUUACUGUGUUUAAUAGGCUGAGACAUGCCAUAUUUACAUUUGCCAUCGAAAAUUUAGCCCUGCCAAUUGUUGUGAUCCUCGCGCUUCUAAUCAACGGGGUGCGCCUUUACUAUGGAGGGUGGGGGUCUGGGGAGGCACUGCUGGGGGCGGCGGUGGGGGUGGCACUCCCUCUCCUCCCCUCCCUCCCCCUGGCCUGGCUGGCACUGAACUGGAUAGGGACGGCGAGGAUACUGGCCAUGUACCACCAGGCGGGCCGUUUAGAGAGCACCCCAAUUGAUGACCCGUUUGAGGAGGCGGACCUGGAGGAGCUGCGUCCCGGCAACAUGGGUGUGGGGGGCGGGGAGGUGCGCACCCACAUGCUGGCCAACAUGUGUGGGUCGCAGCCUGCCCCGACUCGCACUGCUAAUAUUCUGCAUGCCUUGGCCUCUGUCACGAACCUGUGCUGUGUGGACAAGAAGGGGGUGUUGUCCUGGCCAAACCCAACGGCAGAGAAGGUGUUUUUCCUCAAGAACCGCGGACACACCCACAUCAACACCAGUGUGCCGUCCUUUUACGGAGAAGAGGACAUGAUGGAGGAAGAGAGUCAUUUGCAAAGGUCGCUGCCCACAAACAACGCUACGAAAGAAUCAGAAGCAGUGUUGAUGUCUCUAACCCACGACCAUCAGACAGCAUUCGGCCUACAGUUUGACGAUCCCUCCUGGCAGCGGUACCUCCUCUCCCUCAAGCCUCUGGGACUCAAUAUCCUUCUCAACACCUGCAAUCCGGCCACACAGCACCAUUACACACAGUUCUGCGCCCACAUCACCUGCGAGGCCAUGUUUAACGAGGAUUUAGUUCCUGUAUCCCAGCGCAGUGGUGCAGGGGAGGGGGGCGAGGGGGCCGCCAACCCCCACCACAGACACUUCACAGGAAUUCCAGUGUCUACAAGAGGGUGUCUGUGUGAGCUGGCCAAACAAAUAGGCUUUUCCCAGCGGGCUCAACAGCCAUUCCAGUUGGAACACCAGUUGUCCACUUUCAGACAUGUGCCCCCAGACAUGGCGUGCAAGGACCGACUGGCGCGAAGUUUAAUGACCACCAAAUUGAAGUUUCCAUUUCCACACAUGGUUUCUGUUUUAGUGAGAGACAGAGGAUCUCGGAAACUUGAGCUCAUGUCCCAGGGCACAGCAGACAUCAUCCUAGACUCGUGCACAGACUACUGGGACGGGAACGAUGUUUGUCCGCUUACCGAGAAGGAUCGCAAGAAAAUACUAGACUUCUACCAUCGCACAAGUUUAUCUGCCUACUGCACUGCGUUCUCCUAUCGUCCGACCUCUUGUGUGGUGCGUCAAGACCUCUCGGCAAUGUAUAUGGAGCUGCCCUUAGACCCUGCGCAUCUGUACUCUGCUGCCAGGACACCUACACCUCAUAUUAGUACUGAGGCGCUGUUUGGAGACCACCACCACACGGAGUAUGAGGAGGUGGAGGAUGUGGAAGAUGCGUUCAGGAUUCAGUGUAAACAGAUCUUCAUCGGAAUGGUGACAAUGCAGUACCAGGCCAAGACUGACAUGGUACAAAUGAUAGAGCAGCUGGACGCCUCUUGCAUCCGCUUUGUCCACUUCAGCAAAGAAAACGAGCUUAGGUCUCGUGUGUUCUCGGAGAAAAUGGGAUUGGAAAGUGGUUGGAACUGUCAUAUCUCUCUACUGUCUGAUCGCAACAGGACGGAGAGCGGGACGUCGAGUAGAGCAGGCCAGACAACCUCCUUGAAGACCAGCGGAUUGACUCUCUACAGGCAGUCAAAUGAGGAUCUAGCCACUCCGGACCUCGCCAAGACCAAAUUGAGGAGCUCCCUUGAGGUGUCUAAGGGGUUGAGUCACUCGGCCCCCUCUGCCAUUAACCUCGAGGUGUCUCAAGUGAAGUUCGAGGAUGAAGUUUCCAUAUGCUCUCAGCUGAGUCCUAGUGAGAUCUCGUGCAAGGAAGAGGAGGAGGAGGAGGAGGAGGAGGAGGAAGAGGAGGUGGUGUCGGAAGAGUCUAGAUUUGGAACAUUUGGCUACCGGUGUGAAGGAGGAACAAGUGAAGAAUGCAUAAUGCUGGAAGAAGAGGAAGAGGAGGAGGAGGAGGAGAGGAGGAGGAGGAGGAUAGGAGGAGAAGAAGAAGAAGAGGAGGAGGAGGAGGAGGAGGAGGAGGAGUCAGCUUCACGAGUUACAGACAGCACAGAGAGGUCGGCUUUUACGCUCAUUGAUAAAUAUAACAGGGCAAGACUCCCGAAGGGCAUCGAGAACAUCAAGCCGCACCUGGAGAAUGUUGACAACGUGCCCUUACUGGUGUCUCUCUUCACGGACUGCACCCCCCCCACCACCGCCAAGAUGCUGACCCUUAUGCAGGAGUACACAGAGGUCACAGUGGUCAUGGGGUCGUCCGCCAGUGCCGAUAAUAUGCCACUCUUUAUGCUGGCCGAUGCGAGCCUGUCAGUGGACCCCUUAUACCCACAAGUCUGUAUGAGAGAGGCAGUGUCGGUCCGGCCCCCCCCUGGCAGUGGUCCGGGCCCUGAGGAAGUUGCCAAGGCCUUGAACAUCCUCCCCUGCUCCCUGGCACUCACCCCCCACAGCAGGGUGUCUCUGGUGUCCCUGAUAAUGGAGGCACGUCACUACAUGCAACAAGUAAUGAGCUGUUUUCAAUUCUGGGCAUGUUGUUGCCUCUCUCUCUCUCUUCUCCAACUCCUGGCUGCCACCGCUGCCCUCCCCCCCCUGCUGUCCUCAGGUGAUGUGCUUUGGCUGGUGUUGGUGGUGUUGCCUUGUCUGUCAGUGUCGCUGGUGGCUGCCCCCACCAACCCAGCGGUGAUGAACCAGGCCACUGGGAAGAACACUGUGCUAUUUGACAAGCAGGUUCUGCGAGACAUCUUUAAAUUCUACGUGUGUAAAUUCAUCCCCUCGGUGGUGGUGGCGGUGGUGUGUGGUGCUGCUAUGCUGGCCUCCUUCUGUCAACACCUCCACCACCACCAGCUUCACCACCACACAGGCACACAGGAGGAGGAGGAGGCGGUGGAGAGAAUGGGUUUUAAUACAUCUGUGUUUGGUGGUGGUGGUGGUGGUGGUGGUGGUGGUGUGUGUUUUAUGUGUAUCCUUAUGCUGGGUGCCAUCUCCGUGUCGUUUGUACACCGGAUGUACACCGUAUGGAAACGGAACCCUCUCAGGAACAGAUGCUGGGCUGCUACUGUCCUUGUGGUACUGGUGUUGCAGGCGGUGUACAGUGUUGUGAGUCUGUCGGUGGCCGGUGGUGGUGGCGGUGGUGAUGAAGUGCCAGGAUUAAGUGCCAUACCUCCCUAUCUAUGGCCCUUGGCUCUAUUAUGGCCCCUAUUGGCACUUCCUCUUAAUGAGUUCAUAAAGCAUAAGGAGAUAAGGAUCAACGUUCGGUACCAGAAGAAGGCGAGGUUGUUGUUUGGUACAAAAUUGGGUAUGAAUUCACCUUUUUAAUGGGUGGUGGUGGUGGUGGUGGUGGUGGUGGUGUCUGUCUGUCUGUGUGUCUGUGUGUGUGUCUCGUUUUGUCUUGUUCUGUCUCUCUCUCUCUCUCUUUUUCAUAUUUUUUUUGCUUUCUCUCUCUCUCUCGUUUUUGUUUUCUCUCUUCCUUCUGCCUCCGCCUCCUCCUCCUCCUCCUCCUCUCCUCCUCCUCUUCCUCUUCCUCCUCUUCUUCUUCUUCUUCUUGACCACCAUAACUGCAAAUACAAUGGUUCCUUAUAAGUUAUGUCACACACACACACACACACACACACACACACACACACACACACACACACACACACACACAAAGAUUUUACUGGAAUUAUUAUUAUUAUUAUUAUUAUUUGUGCCAUUGAGAGAGAGAGAGAGAGAGAGAGAGAGAGAGAGAGAGAGAGAGAGAAUAAAAACAAUCUUAUCAACACAACACUCAUUACAAAAAAAAAAAUAAUAAAACAAGUACAAAAACACACAGAUGCAUUAUGGGUAGCCAAAUAAAAAUGGCGGAGAA